GUUCCGAAGCGAGCUCUCCGCUCGCACUGCCUGUGGACCCACUAUGAGGCGCCUGGGCUCGGUGCAGCGGAAGAUGCCCUGUGUAUUUGUGACGGAGGUGAAAGAGGAGCCUUCCGCUAAGAGGGAGCAUCAGAAACAUUCAUAAUUUAAAGUUUUCAGAGACAGAGAAAAGGAGAACUCGGUGUACUCCUGCCAUCUCCUGUUGUCCUUUGGACAUGUCACUAGCAAAGAGUGCCAUUUAAAGUUUUGGCAACUGAAACUAUAAGUCACAAGGCAUUAGAGGCAGAUAUAUACAGUGCAAUCCCAACAGAAAAAGUGGAUGGAACAUGUUGUUAUGUUACUACCUACAAAGGUUUUUUUAGACUUAUAUCAAGAAUCUUCAGCAUGCAUCAUUACGCGUGAUUAUGUAUAAUAGCGGCAGUUAAAACACGAUUGAACGGCCAAAGGAAACUUACAGCAUCGCAGUGACAGUGCUUGCAAAUGCACAGUUUUAUUACAGGUCAGCCAUACCUUUGGGCUCGGCUAGACAGAAAACCUAACAAACUAGCUGAGAAAAGAUUUAAAAAUUUUCUACAUUCAAAACAAAACUCAAAAGAGUUUUUUUGGAAUGUUGAGGAGGACUUCAAACCUGUUCCAGAGUGCUGGAUACCAGCAAAGGAUACAGAGCAAUUAAAUGGAAGUCCGAUGCCUGAUGAAAAUGGCCACAUUCCUGGUUGGGUCCCAGUGGAGAAAAACAACAAACAGUAUUGCUGGCAUUCCUCUGUAGUUAAUUAUGAAUUUGAAAUUGCCCUGGUGCUGAAGCAUCAUUCUGAUGAUCCUGGUCUUUUGGAAAUUAGUGCAGUGCCUCUCUCAGAUCUCUUAGAACAAACACUGGAGCUUAUAGGAACCAAUAUUAAUGGAAACCCAUAUGGGUUAGGAAGCAAGAAGCAUCCAUUACAUCUUCUUAUACCACAUGGAGCGUUCCAGAUAAGAAAUCUGCCUACCUUGAAGCACAACGAUCUAUUGUCCUGGUUUGAAGGUUGCAGAGAGGGUAAAAUUGAAGGAAUAGUAUGGCAUUGCAAUGAUGGCUGUUUAAUCAAGGUCCAUCGCCAUCACCUGGGUUUAUGCUGGCCAAUCCCAGAUACUUACCUGAACUCAAAACCGGUUACUAUCAAUAUGAAUCUGAACAAAUAUGAGUAUGCCUUUGAUGCUAAGUGCUUAUUUAAUUAUUUUUCAAAAAUAGAUAAUCAGAAAUUUAGUAGGCUUAAAGAUAUAGUAUUCAGUGUAUAAACCGGAAAUGCAAUUAAAAACCUCUUCAUUGUUGUUAUAUUGUAAUCUCGGAUAUUCUGCCACAUUUAAAAGGUAAAAAUAUCUGAAGGUUUCUAUCAUAUUAUUCAAUGUCUAACAUAGCAACAUGUCUGCUGGCAUUUAAACAUUUGCAGUUAUCCAAAAUUUUAUUUAGAAACAGCAAAUGAAUUUUAACCUCUGAAAUUAUUUAUGUUCCCCAGCUUGUACAAAGUUUGGGUUCAAUCCAUUAUAAAGGAGUAGUAGAUUAAAAGACAAAGCAACAAUUUGGGGUUAUUUACUUUCAAAAUUAAAUAGUUUAAGCUGACUUUAUGUAUUUUUUUUUCUUUUUUUCUUUUUUUCCUAUAACCACAAUUGCAGCAUAUGGACGUUCCCAGGCCAGGGGGUCAAAUUGGAGCUGCAGCUGUUAACCUACACCACAGCCACAGCCACACUGGGUCCAAGCCACAUCUCUGACCUGUGCUGCACCUUGUGCAGCACCGCAUCCUUAACCCAUUCAGCAAGGCCAGGGAUUGAACCCACAUCCUCACAGAGAUAAUAUCAGGUUCUUAGCCCACUGAGGCACAACGGGAACCCCUAAAAUGAAUUUAAUGUUGCUACACAUUUAACAAAAUAUAUGGCUCAACUUCAUAACAUUUAUACACACACAUAUAAUUUGAGAAUCUUAACAUAGAUAUUAAAUAUCUAAGUAUAUAUAAAACCCCUUUAAAUGUUAAAAUUGUUAAGUUUACCCUCAUAUUCCUUAAAAAACUUAAAACAUUUUGAAUGUAUAUAAAUUCACCAUAGCUCACUGACUAUUUGACAGCCAUAACUUACUCGAAGUCUUCAAAAAUACACUUUUUCUAAUAUGUUGACAUUUUCAUAUAAUUUUAUUUACUAAAAAUUCCCGUUUAAGUAAAGGUACACAGUAUUGAUAUGGAAGGAAACCACAUAGGUCAGAGACUUGCUUGAUUUCCAGAUAGAAUUUUAACUUAUAAAGUUAAUAAGCAGUUAAAUAAAACUACAGUUAGAGGUGGCCCUUAACAUAUGGGGAUAUUUAUAGGACUUUCCUCCUCGUCAUCUUCAGACUGUUCAGAAGCAGCAACAGGACUAGUUAAUUCAACUCCAAAUUGUUGAGAAAGUUUUUUUAACUUCUCUUCUAAGAGAAUAUUUUUUUUCACUUCUUCUUUGUAAUUAUACUUCAGAUCUUCAAUUUCUUCAAAAAAUGAAGGAUCAAAAUUUUCCAGUUCUUUUUUCAGCUUUUUUAUUUCCUCCUAAUAGGAACGUAAUAUCUUUAAAAGGUAUACAUAGGAAAAAGUACAUUCUUUAGGUUUGAACUAAAGCAAUUUAUUUGCAACCCCGAAAGCCAAAGUAACCCGAAUAGUCAAAUAUACUUAUACGGUAGAGGUAUUUUCUUAAGAUCUUAUUAAUAAAGUUUCAUUGCACAGUGUAAGUAACCAACUUGUCAACUGUCAGAUUAUUUGUUCUCUAAGUUAUGGCCUAGUCUUGGACUAAAAUUUAUCAACUCUUGAAAUUUAUCAGUUCUUAUUUAAAAUUUGUCAAUCAUUCUUUCUCCAGAAUAUUAGAUACUCUCAGUGAGGCAAUCAAAACACUUGGUGUUCAUAACAAUGAAGUUAUCUUGGUUAAGAUUCUUUGGUUAACUGGCUUCACUUGUAUUUCCUUUACAAAUGCCUAAUUUUUGAUGACUAACGGUCUCUUAAAUACACUUAUGACCAGGGAAACUAGGGCUUCUGCCUCGCUAAAGGUGAGGCAUCUGGUGAAGAAACUGUGAACUUUAAUGAUGAGGUAGAACAGCUGGUGAGCACUCGUUAAUUUUCAUUUUUACGCCUUUGGUUCUGUUGACGGAUUCUUAAAAGAGAGAAAGCAUAUCGAAUACCUUUCUUUAAGGGAAGUAUUUCUGAAAAGAAUUUCAAAAGGAAAUAGACACUGUUCCUGAUGUCGUAGGAAACUUGGGAAAAUAUUAAAAUAAUAAGCUCUAUUUGUGACAAUUAAAAAUAAAGUUACUCUUUAAUACUA